AUGGGAUUCCACUUCAUUGUGCACCCUUUCUAUGAAAAGCUGACCCUGCAGAAGGUGCUGGUCACCAUUGCAGUCCCCUGGGCCCUGGCUGCUGUCAUGAACGAGGAGAACCAUUUCAUGGUGGACACCCACAACUGCUCCUCCCCGCUCUACUUGUGCUGGGAGGCCUGGCCUGAGAAGGGUGCGCGCUAGGUCUACAUCGCCGUGCUCUUUCUGCUGAAACGUUUCAUGGUCAUGUAUACCUGCAAGCUUGUCGAGGCCUUGGGCCCUGGCCAAGUGGGCAAGGAGGGCAGUUGGGGGCAGGUGGGGGUCCGGUACAAGGCCAAGGUUGUGCACAUGCUAGUUGUGGAGGCACUCUCCUUCACACUGUCCCAGCUGCCGCUCUGGGCACUGCAGCUGUUCACCCGCCGCCAGCAGCUCAGUGAGGCGCAGCGGCAUCUGGUCCCUGUCUACUGCCUCUACUCCUUCCCCUUUGCCCACUGGCUGGCCUUCUUCAACAGCAGUGCCAACCCCACCAUCCAUGGCUACUCCAACAAGAGCUUCUGCCAUGGCUUCCAGGCUGCCUUCUGUGCCUGGCUCUGCCCGCUGCAGUAGGGGAGCCACCAGAGGGCCUACUGCUCUCAUGGGUUUGGUGGGGACGCUGCCCGGGGGACUCUGACCUGCCUUUGA